AUCCGGUUCACGGGGCAUGGAAGCGACAGCCGAAGCGACGUUCGAGGCAACGCCGCAAGGCCGGCCGAGCUUCCGCGAUGGGACCGAGGUCAAGGCCAAGGCGCCGAAGCGCGGGCUGCGCCAUCGGCUCAACUACCGCGACAAGCUCCGCAUCAUCGACCACUUUCGCGCGACGGGGAGCAUGCCCGAGACGCUCCACCACUUCUUCCCGCACCUCGUCGGGCGCGCGCUCGAUACGAAGCGCAAGAACAUCUACAAGUGGGCGAGCAUUCGGGCCGACAUUGAGAAGAAGGCCAAGCACCCGAUCCAUGGGUCGCAGACCAACUCGCGCCCGAAAGGCGUGGGCACGACCCUCUCGCCGGCCGCUGAAGACCAGAUCCUCGAGUGGAUCGUGCAUUUGCGCAACAACGCGGUACCUGUGACCGAAGAGAUGCUCCAAGCCAAGGCGCUCGAGAUCGCCAAGACCUUUGGCUUCUCGGCGACGCAGUUCAAGGCCGAUUGGCACUGGCGCAAGCGCUUCAUCAAGCAGUACCACCUCAUGCCCGAGUCGCCGCCGUCGUCGCCCGCCCACAGCGACAGCGGCGACGACGAUACCCAUCAGCAUCAUCAGCAGCAGCAUCAUCAUGUUCGAACUGUACAGCUCUAA